GCUCAUGGCGGAAACUACGCUGGCAUUGAAUUCAGUUUUUGUUUAGUUGAUAAAAUGAAGUCCUUUUGGGUGAUUUUGUUCUGCUUCUUAGCGACCUGUGUGAGGAAUGUUGUCUUGUUAGAGCCUCUGACCACAUUGGCAGUUGUUGGUGGUGGUUCAGCUAUGCUCACAGCCUUAGGGAUCAAUUACAGCACCAUCAAGCUCAACACCUACUGCCGGUGGUACGAAUGCUGCACGCCGGAUUACAUUCCUGCCAAUAUCAUCAAAUUCAGGCAAGAUCUCGAGAAGGCGGUGUUCGGACAGCACAUUGCCAUCAAGAUCGUCACGAAUGCUCUGCAGUAUCACUUCGAAAAUCUGUCCAAGUCAUCAAAGCCACUCGUGAUGAGUUUCCAGGGAACGCCUGGCAUCGGCAAGACGUACAUCACGAAUGUGAUGAAGGAUGCAAUCUUCAAAUUGGGCAAGGACAGCAAAUACGUGCACUUCUUCCGCGGCAGGAGCAGCUUUCCCAACCAGAAGAAGAUAGAUGAGUACAAGGAGCAGCUUAUAGACACUGUCCAGGCCUCGCUGGCUCGCUGUCCCAUGUCGCUGUUCAUAUUUGACGAAGUGGACCACAUGCCCGUGGGCGUGAUGGAAGGCAUCACGCCUCUGCUCGAUCACCCGUCUGGCGACCAGAUCGACUCCAGCAAGGCGAUCUUUAUCUUCAUCUCCAAUGCCGGUGGCCUGGAAAUUUCUCAGCAACUGGCGUCGCUCAUGAACAGAGGUCACAGUCGGGAGGAAACGGAGCUGCAUCUGUUCGAGAAGAUCACCGAGAUGAGUCUGUACAACUCCAAUGGGGCGCUGAUGAAGAGUGGCAGCAUUGAGAAGGCCCUCAUUGACCACUUCAUCCCGUUCUUACCGCUCGAGCAGCGUCAUGUGAAGAAGUGCAUCGAGGCUGAGUUUGCCAGGGUGGGUCUGCCCAAUCCCACAAGCGAACAGAUAAACGAUGUGCUCAAGGAUGUCACGUACGAGAAGGAGCAGUCCUUCUUCGCGACGCACGGUUGCAAGAAGCUGGAGAAGAAAGUGGGUCUCGUGGCUCAAAUGGCAACAAUCUCUCAUGAUAUCUUCUCUGAUCUGUGAUGAGCGUAAUUUUUCCCUGUAAAUAUACCGCAUUGUUUGGAAUGUGUAGAAAAAGAAAAACUGUCUCAAGUCACUUUUGUAAUUUAUAUAUUUUAUUAAAGUCCUGUACUUUAGUAAAUUUUUCAUCUUCGAUUAAAUUAAUUUUACAAGCAUUUUCACCCUUUCAUUUCCUCUUCCUUCCAACACAUUAUUUACACAGAGACUUUCUCAUCUACACAUCUAUAGUUUUGCAAAUUAUUUGCAAAAAAACAGAAAUCCAAAUUGGUCUUACACACUCGCCUAGGAAUACCAUUCGAAACCGACCACGCGUUCCAUGUUGUGAAAACAUGAAAAAGUAUAAAUUGAAGCUAUUUUUAGGAGAGUUGCGUAAUUAAGGUUCUCGCUCCAAAAUUCUAUCAAACGCCUAAACGUGAAUGGACAAUCUUAUAUUAUAAAUUAGGAGGGGAAAAAUGACAUUUCAGACGCUUUCAAUAAAUCUCUCAAUAUUUAACAACUUGAUCCAUACUAUUAUGUAUAUGACUUUAUAAACAUUUUCAAACUACAGCUUCCAGAAUAAUGGAGACGAGAUAAUCCAUUCUUCACCUUGCAUUCACUAUAAUAUUCCAUAUUUCACAUUGUCUUUCGCGCAAGGGGAAAAUAACAACGAAUUGCACAUGUAUUUUUCCAGCGUUAAACAAUAAGAAAAAACAAUAGGAAGAGCGAGGAGUUCUAAAUUAAGGUGAAGGAAAAAUAAAUGGUAAUUCUUAACGCAACAUUAGACUUCUUUUAAUUACUCAAUACCUAUAAUUUUGCAUAAAAGACCAGAUAAAGUAUGUCCAUAUAGAUUAGAUGAGGGGUAAUAUUAUUUUUUUAGAGAUAUUCAGUGACUUUUCACCUAAAUUGUUAUCAUAUUUUUUUUUAUUUGGAGUAGCAUAUUUUUUUUCUUCGUUUCUCCCAUCUUUUCUCACUUGUCUCUCUAUAUACUAAUCCUUUUUUAUAUAUUCAUUUGAAUGUCAUCAACGAGAGUCUAGUAAAGUUAUUUCAACAAAUUUUUCUCACCUUCUUCUUCUACUCAAGAGAAUACC